AUGCACAGCAACACCAACAACGACACCAGCAGCAACAGAAACAGCAGCAGCAGCAGCAGCAGCACAGCAGCAACACCAGCAGCAGCAACAGUAGCAGCAGCAACGGCAGCAGCAGCAGCAGCAGUAAGACUAGCAGCAGCAGCAGCAAGACCACCAGCAGCAGCACCAACAGCAGCAGCAGCAAGACCAGCAGCAACAGCAGGAGCAGCAGCAGCAGCAGCAGCAAGACGAGCAGCAACAGCAGCAGCAACAGCAGCAGCAAAGCAGCAGCACCAACAGCAGCAGCAGCAAGACCAGCAGCAACAGCAGGAGCAGCAGCAGCAGCAGCAGUAA